AAAACAAGGUUGUUGGGCAGUGGCAGUUUGAAAGAUUGGCUGUAAACAUGUUAGCUCGGUGGUCGUUGGGCCUCGUUAUCCCUCUGGUCCUGGUCUUCGGCAGACAGGAAACGGAUUACCGUCUGCCGAAGGAUGUCGAUUCGAUCCGGUACGAACUUACGCUAAGCCCGGACUUGAACUUGUCGAUUUUUGACGGUAAGCUCGGCUUCAUUUUCAAGGCGCUUAAGACGACCGACGUGCUCGUUAUGAACUGCAAGGAUCUUGAAUUCGUCAACGGGAGUAUAAAGUUAGUGAGCAAAAACGGCGACGAGAUGCGACUUGCCUCCGUCGAAGUGAACCCAUCACUUGAGAGAUUGUACGUCAAGCCCCAGGAGCCAUUGAUGAAAGGGGAGUUUUACAAACUGGAAGUUGAGUGGGUUGGCAAAAUUUACACAGAUGGAAUAGGUCUUUAUUCCAUCAACUAUCUCGGCGAAGGCAAAAAGAAAAAGAGGAUGUUGGCGAGUCAGUUUCGACCCGUUCACGCUCGAAGAGUCUUCCCGUGCCUCGAUGAGCCAUCAUUCAGGGCGCAUGUCAUUUUGAAAGUUAUCCACAAUCCGGACUUCAAGGCGGUGUCAAACAUGCCCAUCUUGCAUACCAAGAGAACACUUUUCAGCCCUGGCACGCUGACGACAGAAUUCGUAAAGACACCGCCGAUUCCUGUUUUCCUCGUCGGUCUGAUACUUUCACAAUUGCCAGAAUUCGAAGGGGAAAACGGCUUUUUCGCCAUGGCGACUCCGGAAAAUUUCGAAGGGAUUAAAUACAGCGCAGAGAUCGGGCCGAAAAUGGUCGCGGCCAUGGAGAGUCUGACAGGAAUCUUAUACCCGCUGAACAAAACCCACCAAGUAGCUCUUCCCAAACUCAACCCAGUCGCCAUGGAAAACUGGGGCCUUUAUAACUUUAAGGAGAACAAUAUACUGUACUUCAGCGGUGAAUCGCCGACCAUGCAAAAGCAGACUGCGGCUAGGUUUUCCGGUCAUGAAAUCUGCCAUUCAUGGAUGGGAAACAUGGUCUCUCUCGAAUGGUGGGACCAUCUCUGGAUGUCCGAAGUUUUUGCCAUGUACUACGAAUACCUCUUGCCAGACAUGGUGAAUCACUGUUGGCGAAUGGAAGAGCAGAUGGUGAUAGACCUACAACAGGCUGGACUUCUGCAAGAUUCACUCCCAGUGGAUCCGCUUACCACCAAAGUUCUAACACCGGAAGAAGUAUCUAAUAAAUUCUCUGGUGUAACAUAUACAAAAGGGCCUGGAGUUUUGAGGAUGGCGAUUCAUAUUUUGGGCUAUCAGACAUUUCUUCAAGGAUUCAGAAAGCUUCUUCAUACGCUCGCCUAUAACAGUUUGUCAAGUCCAGAUGCUCUUUGGCUUUAUCUUUCCUCCGAAGCCAAAAAUCUUCCAGCAGAUAUGGCGACAAUUAUGUCAAACUGGACGGUUUUUCCUGGAUAUCCUCUGGUGAACGUCGCCGUUACUAAAGAAGGCUUGCUUCUUUCUCAGUCGAAGUUCACUCUCGAAGAGGUCGCAGGGUCGGAGCAGACUUGGUGGAUUCCGCUUAGUUACACGACAAAAACCGAGUGCGACUUUGUAUCUGCUAAGCCGAAAAAUUGGUUUAAUCCUGAACAUAACAUGGCACUCAUUAAAACCAACUUGAAACAAAACGACUGGGUCAUUUUUAACAUUCAAUCGGCAGGAUUCUACAGAGUGAACUACGAUCUCAACAACUGGAAUUUAAUCAAACGGCAGCUUUACGAGGAUUCGGAGAAGAUCAGCCCUUUGAAUAGGGCUCAGUUGAUCGACGAUAGCUUGAACCUAGCCAGAUCGAGUAAGCUUUCUUACGAUAUGGCCCUUUCCCUUAUCGGCUACUUGGCUAACGAAACAGACCUGAUCCCUUGGAAAUCAGCCAUAAGAGGUUUUUCAUUUCUCAGAACCGUCCUUCGGGAAUCUCCUCACAAGAAAAAGUUUGAUUUAUUCUUAAGCCGUCUUGUCGACAAAGCGUUCGAAAAAUUCGGUUGGGACGAGGACAAGAGUGCCACCCACGCCUCCAAGAUCAACAAGGAACAGAUUGUACGCUUUGCCUGUCAGGUUGACCACAAAAAAUGCGUUGAUAAAUCGCUCGAGUUCUCCAACAGCCUGAUGUACGGAAAUUGGCAAAGCUUGUCUGUCGACGUGAAGGAGACCGCCUUCUGCACCGGCGUCGAAAAAGGAAGCAGUGAUUUUGGUGAAAAGGUCUUCUCGUUUUACAGUGAUUCGUCAGGAGCGGAAGCUGCGUUGUACCUUAAAGCGCUUACUUGCUUACCCUCGAUCUCUGCAAUUGACAGGAUACUUAUAUCACGAGUGGGAUUUGCGGACGUAUCUACGUGGAAUUCCAUGUUUUCCAGUUUCGCAUCAAGGAUGGAAAACGCUGGGAAACUUUUGACACUCCUGAACACGCACCGGUCUAGGAUAACAGAAAACAUCGGCGUUUCACAAUUUGUCAACCACUUGAAAAGCUUGGUACCCUUUUUGACAACCGAGUCCCAACGGGAAAUCCUUGAAAAUUUAAAUGUACAAUAUUCAGGUCUUGAAGAUGCCUUGUCUGCCCUGAACAAAACAAUAUCAUGGAGGAAUACGUUCCUUCCACGUAUAACGUCAUUUUUAGACAGAGAAGUAUAAAGUUUAAGUGAUUAACGUGUAAAAGCAUUUUAUAAAUAAAUUGUACAUAUUUACUUUUGUAAAUAAUUUUCAUUCGUUUAUUAAUAUAUUUUAAACAA